AUGACCAUCGUUCUCACCCCGUACUGGUCCAAUGGUGUCCAAAAGCUCAAGGUUGCUCCCCAACCCCCAGCAGCCCCCAAGCGCGGCCUUAUUCCUGCAGCCUUCGACCGCGACGUGCAUACUGAGCGCUGCCUCCUCCAACUCCGUUCCAAGGACAAGGGCAUCGAGAAAUACAUCUACCUCUCUUACCUCAAGAAUGAGGACCCUGCGAUGUUCUACAAGCUCUGUCUCGAGCACAUGGCCGAGAUUACCCCUCUCAUCUACACGCCCACCGUUGGUGACGCCUGUGUGAAUUUCUCCCACAUCUUCAGACGCCCCGAGGGUCUCUAUGUUUCUAUCAAGGACAAGGGGAAAAUUAGGGAUGUCUUGCAGAACUGGCCAAGAAUCGACGAGGCUCGUAUCAGCGUCGUCACUGACGGCUCGCGUAUUCUCGGUUUGGGAGACCUUGGUGUGAAUGGGAUGGGCAUUUCUAUCGGAAAGCUUUCGCUCUACGUUGCUGGGGCUGGCAUCCGACCGGAGUCUACCAUUCCUAUCUGCCUUGACCUAGGCACGAACACCCAGAGGUACCUGGACGACCCCCUCUACCUCGGCCUCCGCCAAAAGCGCGUCUCCGACCCCGAGAUGGAGGCCUUCAUGGACGAGUUCAUGCACGAAAUGACCGCCACCUUCCCCAAGCUCAUGAUCCAAUUCGAGGACUUCUCGACCGACAAUGCAUUCAAGUACCUCGAGCGGUACCGCAAGCAGUACCCCGUGUUCAACGACGAUAUUCAGGGCACCGGCGCCGUCGUUCUCAGCGGCUUCCUGAACGCCGCCAAGCUCGCCUCCGCCGCGUCUGGCAAGCCUCUCUCUACUCACCGUAUCCUCUUCUUCGGUGCCGGCUCUGCAGGCGUCGGUGUCGCCUCGCAGCUGAUGAGCUUCUUCACGUUGCAGGGCCUGUCCCAGGAAGAGGCUCGCCGCUCGAUCUGGCUCGUCGACUCGCAGGGUCUGGUGUAUAACGCCCGUGGCCGCUUGGCUGAACACAAGAAAUACUUCUCCCGCAAUGACUAUCAAGGCCCGCCCAUGACCAGCCUGCUGGAUAUCAUUGACUAUGUCAGGCCGACUGCUCUCCUCGGUCUCUCCACCAUCACCAAUGCUUUUACCACCGAAGUCAUCGAGGCUAUGGCGCUGAUCAACCCCCGUCCUAUCCUCUUCCCGCUCUCCAACCCCGUCAAGCUCUCCGAGUGCUCCUUCGCCGCUGCUGUCGAGCACACGCGUGGCCAGGUCCUCUUCGCGUCCGGCUCGCCGUUCCCUGAGCAGGAGUACCAGGGCAAGACGCUCUACCCCGGCCAAGGGAACAACAUGUACAUCUUCCCCGGCUUGGGCCUAGCCGCCAUCCUCGCCCGCGUGUCCCAAGUGACAGAUACGAUGGUCGAGGCGUCGUCCCUUGGCCUGGCGAACUCGUUGACGGAUGAGGAGCGCUCUUUGGGUCUGCUUUACCCCCAGGUCAACAGGAUUCGCGAAAUCAGCGCAUUCAUCGCCAAGGAGGUUAUCCGUGCUGCACAGAAAUCUGGUGUUGACCGGUCGCCUGAUCUCCGCAACAAGAGCGAUGCUGAGCUCAUCUCGUUCAUCAACCAGAAGAUGUGGAAGCCAUGA